GAGUAUUAUCAAUCUUAAACCCUGAAGAUAAGGCUCGACAGAGAGCUUGAUCUCUCUACGGAAGAGAUCAUGGCAGCACUCCGCCACUUCAUCUCUGAGCAUUUCAAUCAUUCUCUUUACCUUCUACAAAACCCUAAGAAAAUAGCCCAAAAAAGCCAGAAGCUUUCAGUAUCAGUUUCUUUUCCCUCACAUUUCAGAACCGAAGCUUCUUCCUCAAAUAAACAUUCUGUCUCUCAGCAUACGAAGAGGAAAUCUAUGAAGUCUGGAAGAACGUCAAGGCGUUUGAUCACUAUCUCGACUUCCUGUGGGAAAUGGCAAGGCCAAUGGAACUGUGACUAUCUCCUUUCUUUGAGAGAGCUUCAGCUUGCAGAUUUAGCUGAGGAGGGAGAUGACAAUGCUGAGGUCCUUGUUAGCCUCUCUAUUCAAAAGCACACUGGUUUUGGAUUUUCAGUGGACGGGCGGAUCGUCACAUCCAUGAAAGGAAAAUGCAGCUGUUGCUUCUCAUCAUACUAUAGAGAGAUUGACACUACCUUUGAUGUUUGGAUUCUGCCUUCUAGCAAAGACAGUGAACAUGAGCUGCCUCAAAUUGGUGGAAGUGAUCAAGUGAUAUAUGUGAAACCAGGGUCAGAAGCUGAUCUUGAUUCAGUAGUGCAAGAUACCAUAAGGUUGAUAGCAUCAACAAAGGACACCUGUUCAGAAUCAUGUGAGAAAUCAGCAAUUACAUGGCAAUGCACUGCUAAGAAGAGGACUUAUGAUCAGAGAUGGUCGCAACUUCUAGAACUAAAGAAUGCAAUGUAAUGUAGUAGGCAUAAACCAUGAAGGAGAAUCUUCAGAAGAUAAGUUCACAUGAUGUCCUUCUCGAUUCAUUUGAUAUGAAUUCUUAACUUUUGGUUGAGUUCAAACCUUCUUUAGGAAAAAAAUUAUACAUCUUGGGCUGCUGUAUCGUUGUAACAUAAGAUCCAAAACAAACUUGGAUGAAAGUGAGAUAGAAUUAGCUUAAGAUCAAUCAUCUAAGAAUAUAUUUAGUCUGUAUCUGUCUUACUGUAUUUCAUAUAUUAGCCGACUGUAAAUCGGCCUGAAUGAAAGGAAAAUGAAAAGAAAUGGAGCAGAAUUGUUCCUACCAAAUAAGGUUAAGAUCUGUAAUAAUUCAAAUGAGAAAGUUUGUAAUCUAUAUAUUGUUUUACAAUAGCUGUGUAUAUGUGUAUGUAACUUAAAAAAUGAAGGUUUACUUACAAAUUUUGGUUGUCGAA